AUGUCAAGCUUACCUUACUAUAAUGAUGAUGGCUAUGGAAAAAACGUCCAGCGACCUUACCAUUAUCAUUCGCAAGCCGUAACCGUUGAUAAUAUCAUUAAUUAUUCAGGUCAAGACGGCUGGAUUCGUACUGGCAAGAUAGAUGCCACCGACAUUCCUGGGCCACACUGCUACUUGAUAUAA